AAAGACUGCAAACAAAAGGUUUUUUUGGAUUGAGAAAGGCGGCAAGCUGAGAAGGUGUGGCGUGAAGAAGAAGAAGAAGAAGAAGGAAAAGGAAAAGUGAAGAAUGGGGGAGGGUUCAAUGAUUUGGAAGAGAGUUAAAGAAGAAGAAGACGAAAACAGCAUACUUGAGCAAGAAGAAGCAUUGGUGGCUUUGAUAGAGCACCGCACCAAAGAAGUCCAACAUCUUCGCCAACGUAUCUCCUAUUACCAAUUUCAGCUUGCUGAAGCAGAGGAGAGGCUGCAAGAUUCCCAAUCUAAAUUGGCUCACCUACGAGGCCGACAUAUCUUGUCAUCGUCUAAUGCUUCUUUGGCUACUAAAAGGGUUAAGGUAGAGCAGGGAAUAGCCUCUCCCGAACAUAUAGAUGGCAAUUAUGAAAUCCUCCAAUCAAGAAUUAAACUUGUAAUCCCGUCCGUAAUUCCCAAGACUUCACAACCAAUAAAACCAGAAGGGUUAGUUGCAAAAUCCACCAUUGCACUCGAAGAAACCAACGCCUCUAAUAGAGCAGUGAAAGUAAAAGUUGAGGAAUCCGAUAGAAGCUCUACUGAUAUGGAGGUUGUUGAAGUUAUAGAUAGAGGGACUAAAAGGAAGUUAGAACAAAAGGAACACAAGGAAUUGAUAACCUUGGUUGAAAGCUGCUCAUCGCCGACCUUAAUUGGCCCCUAUCCCAAUUCAAGCAAUAUAAUCCCCAGUCAACACAAAAGAAAGUUGAGCAGUAUAAAACCAGAAGGGUUAGUUGCAAAAACCACCAUUGCUCUCGAAGAAACUGCUGCCUCUAAUAGGGCAGUGAAAGUAAAAGCAGAGGAAUCCGACAUAAGUUCUAUUGAUAUGGAGGUAGUUGAAAUUAAAGAUAGAGGGACUGAAAGGAAGUUAGAACAAAAGGAGCACAAAGAAUUGAUUACCUUGGUAGAAAGCCGCACUUCGCCGACCUUAAUUGGCCCCUAUUCAAGCAAUGUAAUCCCCAGUCAACACAAAAGAAAGUUGAGAAGUCUUUCUAUGUGUCCAGUGAAUGAUCAGCUUUUCGUAACCAGUGCUUUGGAUGGAUUAGUCAACUUGUGGAAAAUUCAGGGUAGAGGGUCAUCGGCUUCUUUGCUUAGUACCACAAAUUGUGUAUCAUCGGGAGCAAGAAGAUGGCCAGAAGAUAUAGCAUGGCACCCGCACGGAAACAGCCUUUUUUCUGUAUACACUGCAGAUGCAGGUGAUUCUCAGAUAUCAGUACUAAAUCUUAACAAAAAGGGGAGACCCCAUGUAACUUUCUUAGAGGAUAAGCCUCACGUUAAAGGUAUCAUAAACAACAUAGCAUUCAUGCCCUGGAAACAAACUUGUUUUGGCACCGGUGGCAGCGAUCAUGCGGUGGUGCUUUGGAGCGAGAGAUAUGAGAACGUAUGGAAACCAAAGACCUUACAUAGGAAUCUACAUUCUUCUGCUGUCAUGGGAGUUGCAGGAAUGCAGCAAAAACAGAUUGUACUGUCUGCCGGGGCUGAUAAAAGAAUUAUCGGUUUUGAUGUGGUUACGGGAAGUGCAGAUUUCAAGCAUCAAAUGGAAAGUAAAUGCAUGAGUGUUCUACCAAAUCCUUGUGACUUCAAUCUAUUCAUGGUCCAAACCGGGGUCCAUGAAAGGCAGAUCCGGCUGUACGAUGUUAGAGCGAUGUAUGCCGAACUGCAUUCAUUAGGGUGGAAGCAAGAAAGCAGUGAAUCUCAUUCGGCUCUUAUAAAUCAAGCUUGGUCUCCUGAUGGUUUAUACCUCUCAUCUGGUUCGGCUGACCCUGUGAUUCACAUUUUCGACAUUAGGUAUAAUGCGUGCAGGCCAUCGCAGUCGAUCCGAGCUCACCAGAAGCGAGUGUUUAAAGCUGUAUGGCAUAACUCUUUACCACUUCUUAUUUCCAUAUCUUCUGAUCUUCAAAUUGGACUGCACAAAGAGUAGGAAGAGUUCCCUUUUAGUAACUGACCGUUCAUUUGUUCUCCUUUGAGAGAAACCUUCACAUUUCCUCGAUUUGAUCUGUUACUGGUUGAACAGUUCUAAAGCUCGAGGAUUUUUGAAAAUGUGCGAAUUCGGAUUUCUUUGAGAAAUCCGAUUUUGAAAGAGGAAUGAAAUCGUUAUUGAUUA